AUGCCGUCACAUCGGACCUUUUGGAAGCGCGUCCUGUUGGUGUACAACGAGUUCAAGCCGAGAGGCGCCAAACCGCGUGACGUGGAACAUAUCCGCAAAAAAUGGUCUUUGAUUCUGAGAGCCACUAAGAGGUUCGCGGGCAUAUACCAGAACAACCUGCUCACUACUGAGAGUGGUCGCAGCGAAGCAGACGUGAAGGAUCUGUCUAUGUCUCAAUUCAACACUGAAGGCUUUCCUAAGUUCACCUCCUUAGAUGAGUAUCUCGUUCUCAAGAACUGCCCGAAAUUCAAGGCCAUCUGUGCGGAGGAGUGGGAUGUUCCUGGGGCGAAGCGAACUAGACACAACAGAGCUGGGGACUACAGCAGCGGCAGCAACUCACAAUCAAUCGACCUCAACGACGCCCAAACGGAGGAGCCCUCCGCUACACACACUAGGCGCCCACGCCCUCCGGGGCAACAGGCCACUAUCCGAAACAUUAGGGGAUCUGCAGGUUCCUCCCGCCUCUCGUCGACCGCGUCUGGAUCGCGUAUCUCGCAGCCCGCUUCUAGAUCGUACUCCGUGGGCACUGGUCCUCACGAGGUCUUGAAAAGGAACCUGGAUGUGCAGUUGAUGAAACAACUGCAAGAUAACUGUCGUUUCUACGAGACCGCAACCGACCCGAUCACCAAGGAGAUAUACUACGCGCUCAUGUGUAGGAUCAAGGAGCAGCUGGGUUGUCUGGUGCAGCGGGCGACGGAGACGGAAACGGUGGAGAAGAGACAGCGGUUUUACACUCGAAUUGGAUUUGUUCCAGCUUUUGAAAGUUUGGUGAAUAAGGGUUUCUCUGUAAUUGGAGGGAUCUGUUUCACGGUGGUUGAAUUGGCGAUUUGGGUUUCUGGAUAUUGUGAAGAUUGGGGGUUUUGA